UAAGAAAAUAAUUAACAUAUAGAUAAAUGUUUUAUCGUACAGAAAUUUAAUUAAGUAAGCGUUAAAAAGAUAUACUGACGUAGAAGUCUUAUCUCAUAUAUGAUUUAGAAUUGAUCACCUCACGUAAAGUAUAGUGUAGUAUGCGUAUCCUGUUAUGCUGAGAAUACUGUUUUGAAGAUUAUUGAGGACAUAACCUAAGCGACACAAUUCAGAGUGCAAUUACGUAUAAAUCUAUAUUUUAUUGGAAAAGAAGCAAGAUGAAUAUGAUUUUAUAAAUUAUUUUAUAAACGAGUAAUCAAGGAAAAUUGCUGAAGAAUUGUAUAGCUUCUUUCUAUUCCGAUAACAACAUAACCAAAUGACAGCCCUCAAGCACGCAGAUUAUUUUAACAAAUAUAUAACUAUAAUUGUAGACUGAUUUUUGCUUGUUACAUAUCUUGGUUGGAACUGCAUUUAUCUAUAUAUUUAAAAAAAAUGACAAGAAAAAACUACAAGAAAGUAAACAAAAAUUUUAGUUAAUUGUAAUGAAGGAACGUGAUUCAUGUGAUAUAUUUUUAAAAAGAAUAUUACUUUUAGUUACAUUGGAUACAACAGUUAAUAGUACACAGGUCACUUGAUUGUGUAAAUAUUACUUAGAAAAUACAUGUGAUAGAAUAUCUUUAAAAGUAUCAUUAUAAACGUGUGGGAAUGGGUAAUUGCCUGUGUAAAGAUACACCAGAAGAACUUGAAACGUAUAAUAGACAAAAUCAUGCAGAGACUGAAAAUACCAUAUUACCAGAAUCAAGUGUUGGCACAGUUGCAUCUGGUGAUAUGAACACUACAACUUUUAAAUUUCCAACUUCAGCUAACAUUGAUAAAUUGGUACUCGAAACUCUUGGAGUAAUUGGUUUCCUUGUUGAUAAUGAACAAGAGCCACCACCUGCAAUGUCAAAAUUACAUGCUAUUGCUGAUAAAGAAGAUGGGUGGAUACAAGUUGUAAGUUCAAUGGUUAACGUUAUUCCUAUGCAUAAUCCAUUAGGUCCUUCAGUUAUCACACUUCUAUUGGAUGAUUGUCCAUUACCAUCAAAGGAAUUGGUUCUACGGUUGUCGCACAUGUUUCAAUUAUCUCAAAAACUUGGAAAUGUACAGACCAGUGCAACUCAACAACGUAACAUCUGCGUGGUAUUGGGUUGUAUAGCAGAAAAGUUGGCUGGCCCAAGUAGCAUUGCUAUAUUAUCUGAUGAAACUUUGGAUUAUCUUAUUUCAAACAUUAAAGAAGAUAUUGAUCCUUAUGUGGUGUUAUAUGCAUUAAUAGCCUUGGAAAAAUUUGCCCAAACUAGUGAGAAUAAAAUAACUAUAAAGAAACGUUUAAUGGCAGAAAAGCCAAAUCCAUUGCUAGAAUUGGAAAAAUGGGCAACCGAAACUCAUUAUAUACGUCGUCAAGUAGGUUUUUGUGCGCGAUGGUGUUUAGACAAUUUACUUGUUAUGGAAGGUAGAAAGUAUUCUCACGAUUCAGUGGAUACAACUGGUAUCAACGUAAUGUUAAACACAAAGGAUGUAAGCGAGUACCUGAAAAUAUCGCCUAACGGUUUGGAAGCUCGGUGUGAUGCAUAUUCAUUCGAAAGUGUGAGAUGUACAUUUCAAGUAGACUCAGGAAUCUGGUACUAUGAAACACUUGUUAUAACUACAGGUGUAAUGCAAAUUGGAUGGGCUACAAAAGAUAGCACGUUUUUAAAUCACGAAGGCUAUGGUAUAGGUGAUGACGAAUAUUCUGUGUCUUACGAUGGUUGUCGCCGAUUAAUUUGGUAUAACGCAGACUGUGAAAGAUAUCCUGACAGACCUUGUUGGAAAGCUGGUGAUAUUUUAGGUUGUUUACUGGACUUGAACAAAUUAGAAAUAAUAUUUUCUAUAAAUGGUGUGCGACUAAGACCAUGUGUUCAAGUUUUCAAAACAGUACGGUCAGGAUUUUUUGCAGCAGCCAGUUUUAUGUCGUUCCAACAAUGUCUUUUUAAUUUUGGGAAUGUACCCUUUAAAUAUCCUCCUACUGAUCGCGAAUAUCAGAAAUUUAAUGACCACGCUACUUUGAAGCCUGAAGAUAAGGUUGUGCUUCCUAGACACAUAUAUCUAGAUCAAUUGAGGAAACUUAGUGUUAGAGAGGAUUCUUGUACAUUAUGUUUUGACCAAAGAGCUUCAGUAAGAUUGCUACCGUGCAAUCACAGAGGAUUCUGCCAAACGUGUUCGAAUCAACUGAUAGAGUGUCCAAUGUGCAGAGCUACAAUCGAAGAAGUAGUCACCGAUAACACAUGACACCACACGAGCGUACCGGCAUUUUUUAAUACUCUUCCACUAUCUUUCUCAUAUUGUAUGAUUCUCAGGAACUGCCGCGAGGUAACCACAACUGCAUGUCAUGUGUAUCAUAUAUUAAACCUGGUUAUAAUGUUUUAUACAUUUCUUUUCUUACAAUACAGUAUUUUAAAUCAAGAGAAGGACUACAAAUCAAUCACAGAAAGAAAAAUUGUAUUUAAAUAUAUCGCUCCUCUAAGAUAUGUCAUUCUGAAUGUUACAUUCAUAUAUGUAGAUAUAACAUACAAAUUGUCAUAUUACAAAUUCAAGUUACAGAAGAAUAUCAUCUUAUAUCUACCGGCUGUGCAAAUUACUUUCCCUAGGUUUUACCUAAGAACAUCUUACAUCUAAUUAGAUGUUUACAGUAAAAUAGCGAGAUAAAAAUUUAAAUAUUUUUUUUACUCUAUACACAUUAGAAAAAGAGGUAAAAUUUGCAAUUUACAUCUGAAUUGCUACCAAUGUUGUACAUUUCCAAUUUAAUGUUUGUGACUGGUUCACAAAUAUGUAGACACUAUUUUGUCUAUGAACUUAAAGUUCUCUUGUGUUAUAUUAUGAAAGUCUGCAUCAUUUAUUACUUGUCAAGACUGACAAGCAAGUAACUGAAUUUGCGCUGUAAUGUAAGAUUGAUUUUAGAAAACUGUAAAAUAUUAUCUUGUAGCAUAUAUGGAAAGAACAUAUAUAUAUUGUAUAAGCUUAUAUUAUAUUCUUGUGAAGAUAUAAAAUGUUAUCAUAUGUAUAACUUUGCAAAA